AGAACAUGAAUUUCUGAGCAGCACCUUGAUAAAGACUUCCUACCUCAUCAGCUGCGUUGCCCGACGAGUCAAUGUAUAAGUAUCCUUCAUGCAAGUGCCCACUUCAAGUUGCGGCGAAGCACUCGACAGAGACCGGAAAUUGCCGGUCUCAGCGAUAUCGGUCUUGGUUGCAGAUUUCUACAGUUUAUUAUUGGUUUAUCAAAUCUUCGACGUUCAACAGAUACUAUGCAAAGCGCACCAAAAAGAGCCCAUGAAGAAAUGAGUCUGCUGGUCCUCAAUGAUCACAACGCGUGGUAUUACCCCUCACAAGGCUUAAGUUCAGAUGACGACGACUUGGCGGUCAGCAUAGUGGACGGCAACUGGGGAAACAAGAUGAGAAAAGGCAGUAGAUGGGUUCGCAAAGGAAAAAUGGCUGCAUGGGGUCCUGGUAUGGACGACUGGGAGGCUGAGGAUCGCGCCCGUAAACGCAUUAAAUGUCUGUUACCCGAAAGAAGAUCACCCUCCCCGCCUUGCCUUCCCCAUAUGCGGUCGCCUUCACCACCACUUCUCGCUCCUUAUCCACCACCUAUCGGUCAGCAUUUCAGUUUCGCCUCAUUCGUCAUGGAUAAAUCUGUGACGCAUUCGUUUCGGUCAAGUUUGUUGGACGAACUGGAAUACGCCACCAACAGUCUUAUUGAAGGAGAAGCGGUCAUGAGACGUGCUCUGGGGAGGCUCUGGCAGGUCAUCAGCGAAGACCCAGACAAACGACUGGACGAGGAGCGUGUGAUCCCGAAACAGGAAGAACAGGAAGACAUUGAAGACGAAGAAGACGAACAGGAACGUAGAAUGGCCCGCGCUCCAGAUCUUACCCCAACAGCUCACAAGCUUUUCCUGGUUUCGUAUGCUGACAAUGGUCCACCUGUGAUUGAUCCGUCACAAUUUGCUUCCCCGGAGAUGCAGCAGGACAGUCUAGAAAAGUCUCUAGCAACUUUGCGGGAGCUACAAGACGAUGGGAGGGAGUAUGUCGAGCGUCUUCAGGAGAUCAGGGAAAAUCUUGGGGAUACUCGAGCACAGCGGAAUAUCAUUUGGGAGAUGGUGCGGGAAAAAGCUGUCAAGGAAUUGCAGGAUACAGCCUUUAGCGUCGCUAUGGACUAAUGCUGCACGAUGCAACGACGAGCGGUCACAUUAAACAUAUUGUACAUUUUAGUACCAGGGACGUGUCCUCAUCAGUAAUGACACCCAUCUAUUACCGCUACCAUAUGUCGCACGUAAAACCAGUCACU